GGUUCCAGAUUCCAACUCAGGUGUUACAGAGCAGCACGCGCAGCCCCACGAGUCGCGCUCAGAGCAAAACACACACACUGCUCACUUCUACACGAGCAGCGCGGCCGGGGACAGAAGUGACUCUGACAGACGCUUAUUUGCGGUUACACACCAAUGGCGUUGUCGCGCGAGAGUUGUGUUCUAUUUCAGCUGAACAGUUUCUGUUUGUUACUGGAGCAGAUCACCUCCGCUCAGCGUUUGCGCACCUGGCCAACCCACGCCAAUGAAGUCGUGCUCCUACAUGCAAUCUGAAAGGCUCUGGAGUGGAAUCAGGUUCCCGUGCGUAUUGUGGAUUAAAACCCCUCGCGGGGUUUGAUACGUGUAAUUGUUGGCUUUUUUUUUUUUUUUUACUGGAUUGAUGAUUAAUAUGGAGCUGCCAGGGAGAUGUGUGUUGUUCGCAGCGCUCCUGAUGAGCGUUCCUCACCCCGUGCGUUCAGGAUGUGAGAAUCGGGUGUGUAAUCCACGAAUGGGGAACCUGGCAGUCGGGCGUCCUGUACAGACAAUUUCCCAGUGUGGCUCGUCCUCUCCAGAACGCUACUGUAGGCCUGUCUACAAAAUGAAUAGAUGUGUGUUGCAUUGUGAGGUGUGUGAUGCUUCAGUACUGCACCACGCACACCCACCUGCGUCCAUGACAGACUCACCCUUCAAACACCCACCGACCUGGUGGCAGUCCGCUCAGGGUGUUUCCAUCGAAACUCUAAAGCUGGAUUUGGAGGUGGAAUUUUACUUCACCCACCUCAUUAUCAUAUUUCGGUCACCACGCCCUGCUGCCAUGGCGAUAGAGCACUCGCAGGACUUUGGGCGCACAUGGAGCGCUCUGAUGCUGUAUGCACACAACUGCAGUGAAGUGUUCGACCUGGAGGAUGGACAGAGCUGCACUCAGAAAUACUCCACAGCGGAGCCUUGCAGCAAUGGAGAGGUCAUUUACCGUGCACUGUCACCCUGGGACAAACUGGAUCCGUACAGUAUUGAUGCCCGAGUCCACCUUGGCAUCACUAACAUACGGAUACGUCUGCUUCAGCCGCAGUCCUGCUUCUGUCAACAAAAACUUCCUGAUGCCAACGUGUUCAUUGCCCACUAUGCCAUCUAUGACCUCAUUUUAAAGGGAGGCUGUUUGUGCCAUGGAUAUGCAGACCAGUGUGUGCCUGCUGGUGACCAACAGAUUACACACCCUCCUGUUAAACACAUGGUGCACGGUAAAUGUGUGUGUCGGCAUCACACGACUGGGGAUCAUUGUGAACGGUGUGAUCGCCUCUAUAACGACCGACCAUGGCAACCAGCUAACGGGUUAACUGGAGAAGCUCACCAGUGUGUUAAGUGUAAGUGUAACGGCCACGCAGAGAGCUGUCACUUUGACAAAACCGUAUGGCUACGCUCGGGUCAGCGGAGUGGAGGUGUGUGUGACUGCCUUCACAACACCAGCGGCCGUCACUGCCAACACUGCCACAGCGGCUUCUACAGAGACCCAGAGAGACCCUCGACUGCCCCGGAUUCCUGCAGAUCUUGCGUGUGUAACCGUGCUGGUUCCACAUAUUGUAACCCUGAUAAUGGAGACUGCGUCUGUAAGCCGGGGGUGGCUGGACCACACUGUGACCAGUGCAUGCUGGGAUACUGGGGUUUCGAUGAAUAUGGUUGCAAGCCCUGCCAGUGUGCUGGUGAUUGUGACCCUUACACAGGAGACUGUAUGAUUAGGUCUCUAGAAUCCGAUCACAACAGCACGGCAGAAAAUCAUCUGUUUCGAACAGAAGAGCUUUUCUCCGCCCUUAGUCAUCCAGACAAAUGUGUAUGCAAACAGCAAGCACUUGGAAACAGCAAAAUAUUCUGCAGUGUAAAGUAUGUUUAUGCAGUGAAGGUGAGAGUGUUGGCUGCUCAUGAUAAGGGCUCUCACGCAGAGGUGGAUGUUAAGGUUCUUAAGGUGUUGCGGGAUAACUCGCGCCUCAGGCUCUCUCAUGGAAAUCGGACUCUUUAUCCCGAGUCUUGGACCACACGAGGCUGCACAUGCCCUGUACUUUUCCCAGGGUUGGAAUAUCUUGUAGUUGGACAUGAGGAUGUGAAAAGAGGGCGUCCUAUGGUUAACAUGAAGAGUAUAGUGAAGCCAUGGAGACCCAGCUUGAGCCGAAAAGUUCAUCAGCUUCUGAAAACCAAAUGUAGCUGAGAGACACACGGUCAGAGAGACAUUGAAUAUGUAUCUUCCGUGGCACACGUUAACUUCGCCUUUAUUUGAUUAUGAUCAUUCUUCAUGCUCUGAAUCAUACUAAUGCUUUAAAACAGCGGUUCUCAACCUUUUUGACUCUAAGACCCUCCUAUCAAUUUGAUAUGCACCUCUGGUACUUCUGUUAAUAAUAAAUGAACUUGAAUGAACUUCAUAUGACAGUUCAGUUUUGUAAAUUGGGUUGUGUCUGUGUUUUUAAGUGUUUUAUUUUGGAUUAUGUGAAUAUAAUUACAUUGAUAUCAUCUUAAAAUUAUGUCAAUGUAAUUGAUAUAAUUUUUG